GGGCAGCCAUUUUACACACCAGCCUCUGUGUCCACUCCCAGACAAGGACACACACACACACCAACAAACACACUCCCAAGUUCUACAGCUGUCAUGGACCAGGAAAGAGUCAGGGGCUGGGCUCUACCCUACCAAGCAUGAGAAGCUGGAGCCAGCGAUUCAAGAAAGGAGACGGUGAGAACAUGGCUGAGUCUGCGUCCAGGCCUGGCAAUGCACCUACCCCCGUUUGGGUGUCACACACGCCCAUCCCGGACCACCUAUCAGACGUGGUUGAGGACGACCCUGCAGACUCCUCUGAAUACACAUCCAGCACUCCGGAUAAAAACAUGAAAGACAGACUCAGAUCCCUGCUUCCCAAGACCCUGGGGAGAUCCAUCCGGAGUUGGACGAAGGGGCGUGAGGAUGUGAGCUCCGGGGGGGAAGAGAUCCCCCCGGACGGCACCAGGGUGAGCCCCCCCGUGAGCCCCCUGAUGGAGCGCAGGCUCUGGGACGGCCAGGGGGACGAGGGCUCCGGCUCUCUGGCCACCUCCAGCCAGAGGUCCUACAAGCCCCUGCUGCGGGACAACAGGGACCUGUACGCCGGCGAGGAGUCCAUCCUCACCAGCAUCCACCCGGCCGAAUACUACGCCGAGAAGGUGGAGUUGUACAAGCUCAAGUACUCCUACCUCAAGUCCUGGCCCGGGCUGCUGCGGCUGCUGGCCGGCAUGGAGCUGCUGUUCGGGGGCAUGGUGCUCGCCUGCGUCAUCGCCUACAUCCAGAAGGACAGCGAGUGGGACGACUCCUACGGCAUGACCAACGGUUACUACAACAACGGCCAGGGUCUGUCGGGGUACUCCUACGGGGGGCCCAUGACCCCCUUCGUCCUGGCCGUGGCCGGCCUGUCCUGGGUGGUGACGCUGAUCCUGCUGGUGCUUGGCAUGACCAUGUACUACCGCGCCAUCCUGCUGGACUCGGCCUGGUGGCCGCUGACCGAGGCCCUGGUCAACGUGGGGCUGUUCCUGCUCUACAUGGCGGGCGGCAUCGUGUACGUCAACGACCUGAACCGCGGCGGGCUGUGCCACAUGACGGUGGGACACAACCCCAUCGUGGCCAACCUGUGCCGGGUGGACGGCGGGCAGAUGGCGGGCACCACCUUCAUCUUCAUCGUCAUGCUGAUGUACCUGGUGGGCUUCAUGGUGGCGCUGAAGAUGUGGCGGCACGAGGCCAGGCGGCGCGAGCUGGAGAGCUUCAGGCUGGAGGAAGAACAUCCUCACACCAUCCCAAUGUCUAAAAAGAAACCAAAGAAAAUCUCCUUUAAAGAUGAUGAAGGUUACACCAGCAAGAAACCACACUCACAGGACUACAACACCCCGAACUACAGCACUCCCAUCAAGGCCGACUACGUCAUGAAGUACCCGGAGAUCACCUCGGCUGAGGAGCGGGAGAGAUACAAGGCCGUGUUCAACGACCAGUACCCGGAGUACAAGGACCUCCACAGAGACAUCACUAACACCUUGCAGAAGUUUCAGGAGCUGGACGACAUGAUGGACAGCCUCCUCCGGAACAACAGCAGACGAGACGAACAGGAGAGAAUUCAAAGAAUGUUGCUCACAUAUGAAGAGAAGAAGAAGGACCCUGCUUUCCUGGAGAAGAGGGAACGCUACAGGUACAUGAAAGACAAGCUGAGCCACAUCAAGAACAGGAUUCGAACCUUCGACACCAUGGAGAGCCGUGGCAUGACGCUCCCCACACUACUGGAUGCUGUCAGGCCUUUCCUUCCUCCGUCCCCCGGCCGGCGUCGUAUCCAUGACCACCGGGCCACCAUGUACGAGCCCCAGCAGUACGACAGCCCACCGGUGUACAGCCCCCCGUACAGCGCCUCCCUCAGCCUCUACCCCCCUCGGAGCGUCCAUUCCCCCCGCAGCGGGCAUGCCCCGCACCCCUCCCAGGGGCGGCCCCGGGGCCCGCAGCCGCCCCCCGGCUCCUACUACAUGGACGAGCAGGGCGGGGACUACCGGCCCCAGGACUUCCACCGCUGGUUCUCCCCGCCCGGCUUCGUCAAGACCUUCCAGGCCGCCACGGUGAUCAUGUGCUUCGUGAUCUUCGCCUGCGUGGCGUCCACCCUGGUGUGGGACAUGCAGGGCCUGGGCUACGGCGGCGGCGGCGGCGGCUACGGCGCGGGGAUGGGAGGGGGCGGGGCGGCGAGCGGCGUGGGCUCUGGGUACUACGGCGGCAGCUACGGCUACGCCAAUAACUACAUGACGCCGUACUCGGCCAAGUCGGCCAUGAUCUCCAUGGCAGCCAUCAACUUCCUGGUGGCCCUGGGCUUCCUGGUGGGCAGCUUCUCGCGGUCGCGCGCCACGCGGGGCCGCGGGUUCUACCUGGCCGUGUUCAUCUGCGACAUCAUCCUGGCCGUGCUACAGGGCAUCAUGGACAUCAUCUUCGUGAUCGGGGUGAACCCCAUGUCCCAGAGCUCCCAGAGCAUGCUGUACAACCCCAUGCUGAUGAUGUGUCAGAACAUCAAGGGGAGCCCCAGCAUCAGCGCCGCCGCGGGCUCGGGCUACCCAGGAGGCUUCUCCCUGUACAACCAGUACCUGCACCACUACUGCUACAUGGACCCUGAGGAGGCGGUCGCCCUGGUACUUGGUCUGAUGGUCGUGCUGGCCCUGUCUCUGGCUGCGUACUACGCCUACAAGACCCGCAGUAAGAUCUGGCGCCAUGGCAAGCCCAACAUCACCUGGGACCCCCCGCUGGUCGCCCUCCAUCCGCAGGACGUCCAGGACUGGGUGAACCAUGUGGGAGAGGGGCGGAGCACCCAGCAGGCCCCGACCGUCGUCCUAUCAGAGAGAGCCGCGCCGGACCUCCGGGCUGGGAACGUCUCCGUCGCCCACGGCAACGCGGCACUCGGCGUCUACAGCGAAGCGGGUGCUUACGUCAGCGGCAACAACACCAACAGCCGGGUCCCUGAGCCCCUGUACCAGAACGUGGGGGUCCCGGCCAGCUCCCACGGCUCGGAGGAGGAGGAGGAGGAGGAGGAGGAGGCCAACAGCAUCAGGAAGCCCCCCCAGUAUGAGGAGAGGGACCGGGGCCCCGAGCGGAGCGGGAGCCCCCCUGCCCGGGACGUGGCCCCGUCCCAGUAUGAGAGCGGCUACACGACCGGUGGGGAGACUGGGCACGAGCUGGACCAGUAUCUGAGAGAUCACCUCUACAGGUUGUACCCUGAGAUCACUUCGGAGGAGCAGAGGAAGCGCUACAAAGGGGAGUUUGACGCAGACCUGGCCCACUACAAGAGGCUCUGCGCCGAGAUGGACGACAUCAGCGCGCAGAUCCACAAGCUGGGCCAGGAGCUUGACCUACUGCAGGAGGGCUCAAUCAAGUACCAGGGUGUCGCAGAUGAAUACAACCGAUUGAAGGACCUUAAAACUUCGCCAAACUAUCAAGGAAAGAAAAAACGUACCAAAGAACUGAGUCAAAAACUCUCCCAUCUAAAGCGGCUAGUAAAGAACUUUGACCUUCACGUUUGAGGAACCGGCUACGCUCGAAGACACAGCAGAAAGCGGAAAUGAGGGUGACUGCAAAUGUUCUUUUUUGAUGGUGAACUCUGUAAAUUACUUUGGAAUUCAUCGGUUUUGCCGAAGCUCAAUAGCUUUGAACUGUUGUGAGUUCCCAUUAUAAACCCCAUUAAUAGCAACAGACAUUCCAGAACGUACCAGUGGAAACCGAAAUGCAAAUGUAAGGCAGAAACGUACUUAAUGUGUAGGAGGCCUCCCUCAAGCCUGAUACUACUGCAAAGGGUUUAGCUUUUUGGAGAAGCAGAAUAACAAAAUGCUAAGUUUAUUGGAAAAUGUGAUGUCAAAGAAAACAUGAAACUCACGAGUCUACCUCUACUGCCCUGGGCCACAUAAGUGUUUAUUUUGUGUUAAUACUUUGCAAGUGCAGAUUAAUGGAAAACACAAAGCACGUGAUGUUUUGAAUCUUUAAUAAUGCUUUCAUACACUUAAAAUUUUAAAACUAGAGAACUAAGAACCCAAAGAUAUAGGAAAACAUUAAUUGUACAUCUUGUUUUUUUCCUCAGGGGAUUUAGAGUAAAACAAAUCAAAAUCAAAAUGCAAUAAAGGGUAUUGCCGAGAAUCAUUUAUGUAUCCUUACACGUUACAUUUCAAAUCAUUGGCAUUUUAAAACGAUGCUCCACUUUUUUACUUGCAUCAUAAAUACAUACAAAAAUGUAUGUCAAUUUGGUAGUGAUUUCAUUGUUUUGGCUAUCGUCAGCCUCCAAGGAAAGCCCUGGUGUGCAACUACAAUAGACUUCAGGACCAUAGGGUCCAACAGCCUCUGCAGCAACGCAUUGUUUGAACACACAAGUAAGUGUCGCUGUCACCAUCCAUUAAAUACUGACUUUGGUGGUCUCAAGACCCAUUUCGCUCUUUUUCGACAUUAGACCAGAAAGCAGAGGUAUUUUGAUGUAACAUAUCGACAAUAAAACAACAAAAAUACAUUAAAGAGGACAACAGUUAACCAAAAUAUCAAAUGUUGAAGAAUCCAUUUUACAGACUUACAUUCUAAAGAAUGAACAUUAGAGAUAAAAAAAAAAAUACAACAAAAAAAAGAUUUUCACAUGCAGUAGAAGAAGUCGCCCUUAAUAUAUUUAGAUAUAUACACAGAGAAUACUUGUUUCAAGUUUCAACCCCUGCCCAACAAACUAGCAGAACCAAAACCUAAGCGACAGAUAUCAGGGCGUUCGAGCAUCUUCUACCAUUGGCCUGCAGAGUUUUUGUUCAAUGGAAAUUCCUGCAGUAGUUGCAAAUAUCUGCCCGUUACGCAUUCAGCCCGAAGACGCACGCUAUCCUUAGCCUCUCCAUUAUCUUUAAAUCACAGAGAAAUCCAGUUUGAGGAACAAGUCCAAACUCUCGUUAUGGGAGGGGUGGUGGGGUCCAUUUAAAAGAUGGAACACGGAUGGCCUUUUUUUUUUUUUUUUCCUACAUCAAUUCAUAACGAAAAACAAGGCAGUGGUCUAAAAGGAAGGCGGCUCGUGGUGAACAAGGAGUACGGAGGUUUGAGUUUAGGAAACAUCAGUCUGAAAUUCAUUCUGAAAUCCUGUGAGGUAAUUGUCAGUUUGUCAUGAAAAUUGUCACCUGUUCUCGUUAGUUAUGUUUUGUUUUCAGAGAACAGCGUUGGUGCAAGCCCUGUGAAAGAAUGUUAAUGUAAAAGUUCUGCUGGCCAAGCAGUCAUUCCAUGGCAUCCCACCAAGUCUUCUCUCCCUAACCGAUAGCUUCAUCAUAUCUAUUAAGAUACCCACUCUCAUAAUGAUAAAAUAGACUUUGGUACAUUUCUUCUUAUCCCUCUCGUUUUUAAGUUUCCACUUUUCCACGCCCAACCACCCCCCCCCCCCACCCCCACAGUGUCAGUUGCUAUAGGAGUUCAUCCAAGGAGAACCACAGCGUUCCUCUCUUAAAGCACAAUGUCCUUUAACAGAAGCCUCCUGCGGACCCUUAAGAACUUGCAGCGUGUGGCCCCCUUCUCCCCUUCAACCGGUUCAUCGUCCGUUCCAGUCUGUUGCCGUGUUCAUGUCCAUGGUCAGCACUGAUAAAUAUCAGUCUAUAAAAAAGGAACCAAAAAUUGUAGCAAAAUAUCUACAAUGGAGACAAUGGUUAAGGGGUACGAGCAGAGUUUUCCUUUGGGGGUUGCGAGAACGUUCCGCCCUCCCUCGGCAUUAGGGAACGCUGCAUCCUUAGUCGCCGUGGCGAAUUGUUGUUGACAUGACGUGGGGUCACAGGGGGCCCCAGCGGGACCGACCUGGCCUCCGUCCCGGGACCUGGCAGCGGACACGGCGCCCUGGCACCAAGAGGCUCCCAGGCUGGCACCGGUUCAGAACCAGGGGCGGGGCCGGGGGCGACUCUGUGUUCACCGUGUACCGUGACGACGCGGGGAGGAGAGGGAUGAGCGAGCGCUCGCGCUACAGUACGGCGCGGCGGCCAGCUGGCAGUGGCGGGAGGACGCACCGCGCCCCACAGAUGGCGUGGCCGUCGAGUCACGAGGGUUCCUGUUGGUCCAUGUGCGUCACAACCCCCCACGAGACGGAGA